AUGUAUUUAUUGCUGGCAGGCUUAUCUUGUGUGUGUGACUCUGGCUAUAGAGCAGUGUCCUACAAAGGAGGUCCAGACCUGGUGUGUCAAGCAUGCCCUGGUGGGACCUGUCCCCCAGAGCCAUCCCCUGGACCCUGCACAGAAUUGUCAGGUGGUGUCUGUUUUGACAGCACGUGUCCACUGACCCCGAUUACUACGGAUCUGUUUACUAUCCCUCUAGAGAAUUGUCCCAGUGAGAAGGUGGAGUCCAACUACUUCCGUGAGCACCUGCGUGCAGCUCAUGGCAUGUGUAAUUGUCACAGUAACUAUACAGCCUGUCAGAUGUUGGGAAACAUGUGCACCUUGUUAUCCUUUUCCAUGGGAGGGCCUUGUGUUGCUUCAUCAACAGCCUGCAAAUUGUACAGGGGAAUUAUUGAGGAGAGGAGAGAUGGAGACUGGCCUCCAAGUUUGCCCAUGUUGUAUUACCUGGAUACCGGUCCUGAUGAUGUCAUCAGUGAUAACCUCAUGACAACAAAAUUUACGUUUGUCCAAAGCUCAGAAAAUUCAAAGUUGCGUUUUCGAGUUGCUCAAUAUGCCUUAAACGGGGAGUUUCUGGGACUGACGGACGUCCUCAGCGGAGUGAUGCAGCUUUGCGCUGGCACAGACAAACGCCUGGAUGCUGCCUUCACUUUUGGUACAUACUACACUCAAAGUUGUGAGCUUACAGCAAGUAAAUUAUGGGACACAAACAAGUUUCGGCUGGUAUUUCUUGACCCAUAUAUUGAAUAUGAGGAAAAUGGAGAAACUCGUCUCUUUGCCAUCCCAAUCUCUGUGUCCAACUAUGUGGAUGCGUCUGGCAGGAAUGCCAACUCUGAGGAUGUCAACAGGUGGCAGCUUACUCGAAGAUUUUACAUGGUCGAUAAUCAGGGUACUAUCCCUGUACAGACAUCAUCCACACCGGGAAGCACAGUGGACCCUGAUCAGGGUAAGGCACAGUAUGUGAGGUAUGCCAGGAGUAUCAGAAUCCGAAUCUCCUUGAGAUAUCAGGCUGAAGGGCAGAUAACUCCUCCUGUCAUGUACAUAACCUAUGGUCAAGUGUCCUUGUCUGAUGCAAACAAUGGGGACAAAAUUCCAGUAUCGUUUACUGUGGAGUAUACAAUGUUCGAGACAGAGCAGUUGAGGAAUUUUCAGAUAGCUGUGGGAGUUCUCAGCACGCUGGCAUUCCUACACGCAGCCUUCAGAACAUGGGUUUGGUCAAAAAGAGCAGGGCGUAUUGCUAUUGACUUCCUGUCACUCAUCAACUUUGUUUUUCUGGUGGCAGGAUCUUUGGCCAAUAUCUUCUUUGUGGUUAUCUUUGGAACAGCCUUCUAUUACCUGGUAUUCUUCAAGAGACAGGAUGCAGUCCACCUGGUACACCCCCAGGGGCAGAUCUGGACAGACUUUCAAGGCCUGCUCUGCUCCGCCUUCAUCCUAAAAACACUCCACGUUGUCUACCUGCUCUUCAUGCAGUGCACAGCCGACAUUUUCCUCAUUGAUUGGGAGCGGCCGCGUGCACAUAUCACGGGCGACACAGAUAAGAAAAAGAGUUCUCAGGUGCCCGUUUCCAUCUGGAGGACCUACUUUGUGGCUAACGAGUGGAAUGAACUACAAGCCGUUCGCAAGAUAAACAAAGUAUUUCAGGUGGUUGCCGUGGUGUUUUUCCUGGAAGUUGUGGGUUUUGUGAAUGUGUCAACCAAACAGCCGGACGGGGCUGUGACAGUGUCGUCGGAGGACUACAGAGCAGAGCAAAGCCCCAUCUACCGCUUUGCCACCUUGGCACUCAUCUACUUGCUUGUAGCGCUGGUCCAGUGGAUAUUUUUCACUUUCAUCUAUGAGCGAUUCAUUGAGGAUAAAGUUCGUCAGUUUGUGGACUUGUGUUCUAUGAGUAACAUCAGUGUAUUCAUCAUGGCUCAUGCUCAGUAUGGUUUCUACAUCCACGGUCGGUCUGUUCAUGGGAAGGCUGAUACGGACAUGAGAGACAUGCAUGAGAUGCUCAAGAGAGAGGAGGAUGAUCUGUGUGGCAAGAGAGGUCUGCUUCCCAAUACAGAACAGCAAACUUUUGAAAUGUUACUGCCACCUCGAUUGAGGUACAAGUACAACCAGGUUUAUCUCCCUUUGGCUCUGGAAAAGGAUAUGCAGACUCCAGCAGGCAAGGCUGAGAGGGGCCAGGGAGGCAGUCGUAUUGCUGGUACUCACACUGAGAAACUCAUACAGGCAUACGCAACCGUCAACAAAUUCCUCUCUGCCUUCAUUGACCACUCCUUGAGAGAUGUUGACUAUAUUAUCAAAGACAAGACAUUGAUAGAGGGAAUCCUGGACACUGAAUUUCUUGACCCCUUGGAAAAGGGACUCCUGUACAAUGAUAAUGGCCAUUCCUUUGAUAGAGUGUUGUUCUAUGGUCAUGAGAUGACCCUCUGUGUGUUUGAGUUGCUGCUCUUUGCUGUGGUGGAUUUGGUGGCAAUGGACUACGUACUAUCUGGAGUUAUCACAUACAUCAUUUCUGAGGUUGUUAUGAUGAUUCGCAGUGGAGGAGGACGCAGCAAUGUGGCCAAGAAAACUCUGGUGGAUGAGAGAUUCCUCAUAUAAAUAAAACUAUACAUACUUCUGGUGCUUAGCAGUAGUAAACCUCAUCAAAAACAUAGAUGUAAAUACAUGGACUGUCUUGAUAUGUUUUGUUUUGAGAUAUCCACACCCAAUACUUUCACAUCACCACAGCUGAGAGUAAGAAACUGUUAAUUUACUGUUAUUCUUGGUCUGUUAGGAAACUUUUUGAGAAAGUUUGAGGGAAAUAUCUCAUCACACUUGUUUCAGAUUUAUCUUCUCUAUGUAUAUUGGUUUGUAUUGAUUUUCUGUCUAAUAACUACAAAUACCUGUAAUACCUCUAACUUUUCAAGCCUGGAAAUAAUUUUUAAGUUGGUGCAGGACAUAACUGGGAAAAUUAAAGCUAACCACCUCAUUCAAAAGCUAUAAUGUUAUUUGCAUGACAGUUUUGUUCUGUACCAUACAGUUGGUCCCUGGUAAAAUACUUUUUCAUUUAGGGCAUUGUUCUUGCCCUGCUGCUUAUUUCCAGGCUUCCUUUUCUUGAGGUAGUUUAGUGAGAUUGAAAGUUUUGUGUUUUUUGAAUCCCCACUAAAAUCAAAAUUUGACAACAGAUUAACUGCUUGUAUAGUGUUAUUCCCACUGUAUUAACUAUGGUUGUACAUAGACAUCUAUCUGCUAAACCUAAUUGAGUUACAGUGAUUUCUUCCAGGUUAUGCCCAAUUUCUGCCACCUGUAAACAUAACCUGUGAUAUAUACACAUCUAAGAAAAAAAGGUCUUCAGUAUGGUUUAUAGCAACUAUCAGAUUAGCAAAGAAACAUACAUUAACAACUUGUAUUUUGUAAACUUUAAAAAAAAAAAAAAAAAAAAUUAUUUUAUUUAGAAAAUGGAAAACACCUGAAGAAGUUUUUCUGGAUAUUUUGAAAAUGAAACUGGGUGCCUCUGCUAAUUUCGGUAAAAGCAUCAGCAGAUUAAUUAUUUCGCUCAAAUGACCAUGUUACAGAUGUAUAUGUUUUGUACAGGUACAACAUGGCCUAGUAUUGUGGUGAGACACCUAUAUAAUUCAUGCACAUGAAGUUAUAAAGUUCUAACUGCUUACAGUGCAUAAUAUAUUUUUUUCAUGUACUUCAGUUUUAUUUGUAUUUAAUUGUACAUUCCGUCCAUGUUUAUAUUCAGACACUUAACUGACUCUGUAAUAUUUUUAUAUUGUAAUUUGUAUGUGACAUAUGUAUUACAAUGCCAUUAUAAAAUACUUUUACAAUCA